AUGACUAUAUCCUCCAUCUUCCAACCACGUCCUUCAAACCCCUCCGUCGGCCUCUGGGGUCUCCCAACCUCAUCCGUAAACUGGUGUGAAUCAGAUUACACCAUAACCUUCUACAUCGCCGAAUUCUUCAACUCCUGCAGUUCAUUAUGCAUGGUAUCAUUCGGUCUACUAGGCCAAUGGUCACUUUCCUAUCUUUCCAAAAACGUCAAUAGCACGCCAAGACCCCGUAGACCGGACCCAGAGAUCUAUGAUCCUUUACAAGAACAUCCCAGGUUGAUCGGUGUGAAUAGGAUAUGGUUGACAUGGUUUGCCUUGCAAAUCGUCGGAUGGGGCUCUGUGGCGUUUCAUGGAAGUCUUCAGUGGUGGUCUCAGGCGUUCGAUGAGGUACCAAUGGUUUGGACAGCAAUAUUACAUUUAUCGACUGGUCUGGUGGGGAGAUAUGAUCCAUUUCCUUUAGCGACUUCAUCCUCAUCGUCAUCUCAAACCGAAUCCAAAGGGUGGGUUGCUAGUUAUUUGGUUCCACAGCUUCGCCAUAGUACCGGUAUACGUAGUAAUGGAGAACCAUAUACACCGAUUAUCACAGCCACCUUUUUAGCACAUGCGGUAACCUGCAGUUUAUUACUAACUUUAUUCCGCGGACCGAGUCAAUUCGUCAUCUUUCACAUCCUCUUCGGAUCCGUGGAACUAGCUGGGUUCUUCCUAACCUACACGAUCUCAAAGGAGGCUUCUGACCCUGAUCAUCCACGUGGUGUUGGGUAUAUAAAAGGAUGUCAUUCAGAUGCAGUUUAUAAAUCACUGCUGCAAAGACACCAAAAAGACGUUAAAACGCUUCACAAACGGGGGCUUUGGUUCUAUUGUAUCGCAAUCGGUAUCUGGAGUACCGAUCUCAAUUUCUGUGAAUAUAUCAGUCGGAUUCCAUUUAUUUACCCCUCGCUCAAUUUAGAAGGGUUUGAAUGGGUUUAUACGACGUUCAACCCGCAAGGACACGCAUGGUGGCAUUUACUCGUCAGCAUUGGGUUCUACCAUCUUGGCAUUUUGGUUACAUAUGACCGUAUGUUGGCAGGAUACAGAACCUUUUGGGGGGGAGUGGAGAGGAAGGAACCUGGCUGUUUGGAGUUAUUGAAGGAGGAGAAGGUCAAGGGAAGAAUAGUGGGACGGAAAGGAGAUGUUCCUGUUAUUGAAUGGAUUUAUGGAUUGAUCCCUGUGGUUGCAAUGUGGAGGCCACAUGUCUAUCGGUGA